ACAAAAUCCAUUUUUUUUAGUUGCUUUUUAAAAUGUUAAUAAAGAUUUUUGUUUUAACAGUCACAUAAUUUCCAUCGUCAGCGAGACAGAAACGUGAGGCUAUAAUUUCCUUCACAUCUACAAUUUCAUUUCUCCUCAAAAUUCUCCUUCCUCUUUUGGAGAAAUUUUUCCUCUCUAAUCUCCUCACUGUUUGCGAAAUUCGCUAAUUCUUCUUUCAAUAUCUGAUUCUACCGCCAGAUUUUCUUCUGGGUUCAACCAUUUUCGAUCGAAAUCACCUGGGCUUCUGUCAAUUUUGGGGUUUUUGAUUCCUACUUGUCUAAUCAGUUGAAUCGAAGUUUGUCUCUGCUCAGUAUCGAGAAAUUAUCGUCAAAUCCUCUCUAAGCUUGCGAUUAUCAAUAGGAAGAUGACGAUUGAAGAUGUUACUCCGAUCCCAAAGAGGAGCGGUUCCUCCUCCGACGAUGUUGCUGCUCCGUUGUUGCCGAAAUCGCAUGGAGACGAAGUCGCUUACGACGAGUUCAACGGAGCUUCGUUUAGUGGCGCGGUUUUCAAUCUCGCCACAACCAUAAUCGGUGCUGGAAUCAUGGCUUUGCCUGCAACGAUGAAGAUCCUAGGACUUGUACUGGGAAUUACUAUGAUUGUUGUCAUGGCUUUCUUGACCGAUGCAUCGAUUGAGUUCUUGCUUAGGUUUAGUAAGAUUAAGAAAAGCCGGUCUUACGGUGGCUUAAUGGGUGACUCUUUUGGCAGACCUGGAAAGAUUUUGCUUCAAGUCGCUGUUCUGGUCAACAACAUCGGCGUUUUGAUUGUCUACAUGAUUAUCAUUGGUGAUGUGUUGGCUGGGAAGACAGAAGAUGGAACCCACCAUUAUGGUGUUCUUGAAGGAUGGUUCGGUCACCAUUGGUGGAACGGAAGAGCUGCUAUUCUUCUCAUUACAACUCUUGGUGUGUUUGCUCCAUUAGCCUGCUUCAAGCGAAUUGAUUCUUUGAAAUUUACAUCUGCCCUAUCCGUGGCUCUGGCGGUUGUGUUCCUCAUCAUCACAGCGGGAAUUUCUAUCAUGAAAUUGAUCAGUGGUGGUGUGGCCAUGCCAAGAUUGCUACCAGAUGUUACCGACUUAACAUCCUUCUGGAAUCUCUUCACAGUUGUACCCGUUCUUGUCACGGCAUUCAUUUGCCAUUACAAUGUUCACAGCAUUCAGAACGAGCUUGACGACCCCUCUCAGAUAAAACCUGUUGUCCGAUCAGCUCUUAUGCUCUGCUCAUCUGUUUACAUAAUGACAAGCAUUUUCGGGUUCCUCUUGUUUGGCGACGACACUCUUGAUGAUGUUCUUGCAAACUUUGACACCGAUCUUGGAAUCCCUUUUGGCUCUGUCCUAAAUGAUGCGGUUCGAGUGAGCUAUGCGCUUCAUCUUAUGCUCGUGUUCCCGAUUGUUUUCUACCCGUUGCGGAUUAACAUUGACGGGCUCUUGUUCCCUUCCGCUCGGCCAUUAACUACCUCAAAUGUAAGGUUUGGUUGCCUCACUGCUGGUCUCAUCUCUGUAAUCUUCUUGGGUGCAAACUUCAUCCCAAGCAUCUGGGAUGCUUUCCAAUUCACUGGAGCAACUGCUGCUGUUUGUCUCGGCUUCAUAUUCCCGGCUUCUAUUAUACUAAAGGAUCGUCAUAGCAAAGCAACGGGCAGGGACACGACCUUGGCGGUUUUCAUGAUUGUUCUUGCGGUAUUGUCUAAUGCAAUCGCCAUUUACAGCGAUGCUUAUGCCUUGUUCAAGAAGAACGCACCUCGUGAGUGAUUGAUUGUGGAUGAGUAAAUGUGAAGUUUUGUGUGUUCUGGAUGAAGGAAACAAAAGCGUUUGUUUCUUCAUCUUCUCUUCUUAUGUGGAAUCAAAUAAUUAAAGAAGACGAGACUCCUCUUCUAUAUGUGUGUUUGUACUCUUGCUUGCUUCUGGUUUUGUACCACCAUGAGUGAUGUCUGUAGAAACUUUGUAUGAAAUGUAAUGCAGAUACAUGGUGUAACAUAUUCGAAUCUGUUAUAUUUAAAGUUUAUAAAAACCAAA